GGGCUGCUCCCUGCGGCCGAGGCGGGGCGGGGUGAAAGCGGCGCGGCGGCUGCCAUUCCUGGGCUGCGCGGUCGCCUCCUCCCCCUCCGCCUCUUCCUGGCCGCGGCGAGAGGAGCUGUGCUGGCAGCGGGGAGGCGGCGGCGGCAGCGGCGCCCAGCUCCCUGCCCGCCAUGGCGAUCCGCAAGAAGAGCAACAAGAACCCGCCGGUGCUGAGCCACGAGUUCAUCGUGCAGAACCAUGCGGACAUCGUGUCCUGCAUGGCCAUGAUCUUCCUGCUGGGGCUCAUGUUCGAGAUUACAGCAAAAGCGGCUGUCAUUUUUGUUACACUUCAGUAUAAUGUUACCAUUCCUGCCACAGAAGAACAAUCUGCAGAAACAAUCUCUCUCUAUCACUAUGGCAUCAAAGACUUGGCCACAAUUUUCUUUUACAUGCUUGUAGCAAUAAUCAUACAUGCUAUAAUUCAGGAGUAUGUACUGGAUAAAAUUAACAGGAAAAUGCACUUUUCAAAAACAAAGCACAGCAAGUUCAAUGAGUCUGGCCAACUUAGUGCAUUCUACCUUUUCUCCUGUGUUUGGGGAAUAAGUAUUCUUGUCUCUGAGAACUAUAUAUCAGAUCCAACCUCUCUGUGGAGGGACUAUCCACACACUCUGAUUCCGUUUCAAAUGAAGUUUUUCUACAUCUUACAGUUGGCAUACUGGUUUCAUGCUUUUCCAGAACUGUACUUCCAGAAAACUAAAAAAGAAGAUAUCUUUCGCCAGAUUGUCUACAUUGGACUUUAUCUCUUCCAUAUUGCUGGAGCCUAUCUCCUGAAUCUGACCCAUCUUGGACUUGUUCUUCUGGUAUUGCAUUACUUCGUUGAAUUUCUUUUCCAUAUAUCCCGUCUUUUCUACUUCAGUGAUGAAAGGUACCAGAAAGGAUUUUCACUGUGGGCAGUUCUUUUUGUUUUGGGAAGGCUUCUCACCUUGAUUCUUUCAGUCCUCACUUUUGGCUUUGGAUUGGCAAGAGCAGAAGAUCAGCAGCUGAAUUUCAGUACUGGAAACUUUAAUAUCCUGGCUGUUAGAAUCAGUGUGCUGGCCUCCAUCUGCAUGACUCAAGCAUUUAUGAUGUGGAAGUUCAUUAAUUUCCAGCUUCGGAGGUGGAGAGAGCAUUCUUCUUCUCAGCCUCAGUCAGUGAAAAAGAAGUUUGUAACAGCUAAAGGAAAGAACUCCAGAAAAGAACGAGAAAAUGGGAUAAAUGGAACAGUGACCUCAAAUGGAGCAGACUCGCCUCGUAGCAGGAAGGAUAAAUCCUCAUAAAACUGGGUUUUGUUAAGUUAAUUGACUAAUGUCCCCAAAGAAUCUGCUUUUUACAUGGAUGGCCCUUCAGCACUAGCGAUGUUAUGGAUUAAAGAAAAUACAAUUCAUGUUUUUCGAUUAUUGCUGUUGUUUUGAGAAACUUUUUUUAAAAGCCAUUUUGACUAAAGAAAAAGGUUUAUCUGUCUUCAAAUAUUUGGGGGGGGGAAUACAACGCUUUUUAAAUAACAUUGACACUUUUUUAAACACUUAUUGUGAUGAAAUAACUUCACUUAAUGAGGAUCACUGUUGCAAUGUAUUAUUUCCUUCCAGUUUUUGUAACCUUGGUGAUAUAUGCUGUUCUACCAACUUCAUUUUUUCCAAGUUCUUCAAGAAGUACUGCAAAAUUGAAGUAAAAAACUUAGUAUGCAUUUUCAGAUACUCUGGCUUUUCAGUUAAUUACCUUGAUUCAAAUUUACAGUUCAAAUUGGGAUUCCAAGACCACACCAGUAAACAUCUUUAUUUUGUAGUUAUUAGCUAUACAAUGUCUGCUCUAAGAAUUGCCCCAUAUCAUUAAAACAAAACUGAACUAAUUGGAAAUGUUGCAGAGUCUUAUUGUUUGUUGGUUAGAAAUCUCUUACAAGGAACAAAAACCCUUUUUGAGAUAUAGUUUUAGCACUUGAAAAUUAGAAGGGAACGUGUAUGGUCAUAGAAAGAGUUGAUUUGAGUAGCACUGUUAACUCCCGUCUGUGCUUUUAAAGUGUACGUAUCUUGGAGAAUUAGUGUGUGUUGGAUCUUCUUUGAAAACUUGUCUGUCUGAUUUUUAGAGGGUGGAGUUUCUUACAAUGUGUUGUUGUGAUUGUUCUAGGAGGCAUUUGAUGCUCCAUGAAGAGGGAAUUUGUUAGAUAAACGGAUGAAGUUGAGAAACAUUCCUUUAUUCUAACUGCUUUGCUUUGUUUCAUCUCUGUUAGGAAAUAGUUUGAUUUCUCCUAUAUAUAUUUUUAUGGAAAAAUAUUUAAAAGCUACAACUUCUUAAAAUUGAUUUAUUUUACCCUUUGCUACAAUUGGAAAAAUCUUAAGAUUUUGUCCGUUAUCUGUCUUUCAUAAUUGUAUUAAGUGUGAAGCUCUGUCCAGUUAUUUUCCAGUUUAAUACGCAGUUAAUGUUUCCCUGUACCCUUUUGUAAUGGGUACAGUUCAACCCAUUUCACUUGAGAGAAUGAGUUAGAGAUUUAAUUCAGUCUUAGGAAGAAGUUGCUAAAUUAGUCUUUCAAGUUAAGCCAAGUAUUGGACUGCUUAUUGAUUGAGAGGAGUAAUUAUGAGCAAUCAAGCUGAUAAAUAAAAUAGUUUUAAUUAAAAACUGUUAUUAUAGUUGAUUUUAUACCAAACAAAAUAAUAAAUCUGCGUUCUGUAUCUUCUACAGUUUGGUUGCUUACUAUACAGAAUAAACGUUUCUAGUACAAAAUCUUGACUACAAGUAACUAUCCAUUCUUCAGUCGUUCAGUGCUACUUAGAGUUAUUGCAAUAUAACUUAUUAUACAUUUCAGCUAAUUUUAGUCCCAGUUUCUGAGUACUUGCUUCACAGCUCCUGAAGUGGACUUGACAGGCCUGGACUUGGUUAACUUGAGUACUCUGGGGCAACGUGCCCUGUAAUAUGCCCAGUCUGCUUCGGUGGAAGUAGCUAUACCGUAUCUUGAUUUGAAGCAGUAGAACUGAAGUGGUGAAACUGUGACUCUAUCUGAUCUGACCAUGAAACUGGAAAAUUGGAACUCGGAAAUUUUGAGGGAAUUGCGUACAUUAAACAUUCACUGCACAAAAUCGUGUUCCAUGUCUGUUUGUUUCUAAAAAGACCUUCAGAGAUUCUGUGUGCCUUGCUCUCAAGUCGUACCUUAAGCCAAAAGGGGCAAAUUUUUAAAGUUUCUAGUCCGGUGUUUUGACUCUAAAUCAGUUUGCUUGUGAUACCUGCUUGUCCUGGGGCUGUCAAAAUCAUAAAGGGUGGAGGAACAAAUUAUAAAGUGAGUGUUUAAGGUACUUCUUGGGAUCUUUUAAGACUUAUUGGAGUCUGAGGGUUGUAAUAGUUGUUUCCCAAGGGCAAACUGUUUCUUGUAAACCUCGUUCUUUGGCACAGUAGUCUGGAAGCGAAUGUGAAGUUUACAACUUCAAAAAAACUUCAAAAGAGUAUGUUCUUGCCUGUUAAUUCUGAUGUUGCUUUUUGUCUCUUCUUGGCCUUACGGAUGUUCUUGGCCUUUGGACUUUGAGAAAAGCGCCUUUGUUUCCAUGACGGCUUAAUCUUCAUCCCUGCCUUACAGGAGUUGUUGGUUUCUGCCAAGUAAUAGAGAAUACUUUCGGUUGUUGUAGAAUUUGGAUAUAGUAUUGAAAGCCAGUUUCUUUUGUCUCUUGUGUCAUGACUAAAAAUACCUAUUUACCACUUCCAUUGAGGCAAAAGCAAUAACUUUUAAUUUUGUACUUGGGGGUGGAAACCCCUGGUGAAUUUAGAAGAUUUUGAGACUCUGUUUUCAGUUUGAUAUUACUUGUUUUUGCAUAAGAUUAUAGUUUGUCUGGAUAACUCCUUUUGAAUUGCUUAAAACCGAUUUUGGAAUUUUACUGCGUUUUGUCUCUUUGUAAUCUGGGAUUCAGUAAGAUGGAAGAAGAUUAGUUGUCUAAUCGUGUUUUCUUACUUACGGAAUCAGGAAAAUUAGAAAUGGAAAUGACUGAAGAGCUCAUUAUUGUAUUCCUAUGCCUAAUAAAAUCAUUAUUGCUUAGACUGUAGUAAUUUAUCCUGCUCCCACAAAGAGAAGGCUUUGUCCAUGUAGCUGGAUUUGAGUUGAGUAAUUCAUACAGACUGUGGAUGGGGUUUUGUUGGGUUUGGGUUUUUUCUUAAAACCCCCUCCUCCCUGCCCCAUUUUGUCAGAACUUUUCAAGACUUAAAACAGAUGAUUUCAAGCCUUCUCCCCUCCCGCCAAUGUAUGUUUCGUUUAUGUGCCAGAAUCUACUAUCAAAACCAGUAUUUUAUUACUAAGUAAUUAUAUGUAACUUCAAAGUACAAACAAGGAAUGCAGAGCAGCUGAAAAUAAUUUGCAGAAUUUUUGCUGUUAUUUGGACACUUUCUCCUCUUGGCUAGUUGCAAAGAUUGCUUUCUCCUGGGUGAAUUAUUCAUGAAAGUGGCUCUUUGGAAAUACUGCUUUUUGGGUGACUCCGUGCCCAAAUUUAGGGAUGAUAAAGGGAUUUGCUGUGCAGAGAAAAUUCAUAGGCUAUUUCUGCUGAUGUUAGAAUAUGCUGAAAGUAAAUUAAGUAUGUUGGGAUAAUGCAUUUGGAAAAUCAGUAGUUAUUGGUAAGCAUUUGAUAAUUUUCCCAAAUACUUUUUUUCUUUGAAAAUUUUAGUUGUGUUUAUGGAGUGGUAUUACCCAGAAUUGUAAUAAUCAGUGUGGUAUUUUGGUACCAGUAAUUGGACUCCUGUAAAAAGUAUUAUUACACAUUUGUGGUGCUUUUGUGCUUUGCAGAUUUCUGACUAACUGCACCUGAGGUGAUUUUUGGUGGGGGGGGAGUGGGGGCCUGGUGCAAAACUUGCUAUUAAAGGGAAGGGAGCAUUUUCAUGGUCAUGUUAAGCUGAAAGUAAUAUAGGUUGCUGCCAAAAUCAGGGUUCUGUCCUUUGCCUUGUCUAGCACAAGCCUUUCUGGUUGCACGGUGAGCUAGAUGAGGGAGCUGAUGCGGCUGGAAAUGGCUUGUUGCUCUUCCACUGCGUUAGUUGCCUGAUGGUAAUCCUGGAGGUCCUCAAGUGUUUGUAUAUAAGCAAGAAAAAAAGAUGCAGGGAAAAGGUGAAUCAAUCUCUAAAGCAGCUACCCCUUUCGGCUGCGCACUUGGUUGAAAAUUACGCUAGAUUAGAGUAUGAGGUGGGAGAAAUCUCAUUGAGGGGCUUCCAGUCCUCAAGACCAGAAGGGAACUGGUCUGUCUGGUAGCUCCUACGUGCCAGGUUGUUUAAAUGUUCAUGGGGUUUUGUCAGAUAUUGCGGGGCAAGGGGAAAUAAUAUGCUGUGCUGAGAUGUGUUUUAUCUGUCAUAGUUUUGGGGUUUCCAAGCAGUGCAAGGUAAUACUGGUGGUGUAGAAAUAGGAAUUCUGAAAAUGUAGUUUCACGUGGAUCAAAAAAACGAGCUUACUUAACCGCCAGGAAACUCCAGAUGUUUUGGUGGGGGACUUUUUCUUUUUUUUUUCCCCUCCACAUGAACCCUUUAUGUAUUGAAGUAGGUUUUCCAGAGAGCUUUGCAAGAAUUGCGCUGUAUGCCUGUCUAGGUGUGUCAGGGGGAGGAUUGUUUGGUUUCUCUCAUUUUGUUUCCUGUUUUCAAGAAGUUCACCAGCUGAUUCCUAGAUCAUAUUUGGGUUUGGUUCCAUUUGUGACUCAGCCCUUUGGGCCCGUGUUGUAGAAGACGGAGACUGGCAGCUUCAAUAGGCUCCCUAUGCAGUGUUGGUCGUUGCUGUCCUAAUUGUUCUCGGUGGAUAAUGUCAGUAUUGAGGGGACUUGAACACCAAGUAGAGACAGUCGUGAUAUUUGUAACGUUUGCAGGCUGACGACAGCCUGCGUGCAGAGAUAGUGCAUUCCAGGGGGCUGCGGUUUAACGCCUGAAGGCUGUAGUCUUCUUGGCGUGCAAAUACUUGGGUUACUUCUUGCACAGGGUAUAAGGAUGUCCUACAAAAUUAAGACUUGGGGAAAAUUUGUGAGAUCCUUUAAAAAGAAUAAGACUUCAAAGGACUGACAUCAGUUGUCAUCUGUUCAUCCUAUUUGAAUUUCUCACAUUAGUUGUGGAUUAUCUUUAGAGCACUGUAUUAGCCCAUGCUUGGGGUUUUUUUUUAUGCUGUAGGUUGUUGUGGUGGAUGUCUGGUGGGUAUCGCCUCUUCCCAUUGCUCCUUGAACUACUCGGUUUCAGAUCUGAUAAGCCAAGUUCUGUACACGCUAAGGAAUUCGGCACGGUCUUCAGAACUGUAAUAGAAGCAGUGCCAGAGUGUUUCUGGAUCGGACGUGCAAGAAAUACGCGCAUCAAUAUGCCGGGUGUCAUCAGAACCCACUUAAUGGGAACUGAAACUCUUUAGGAGGAAUGCAUUAUGAUACGACUUGUAUUGCGGUGUAGUGUUUAUUGGCUAUAGCCCAGAUAGCAAGUGCCUUUCCGUCGGUGAGGCGGAACUGCUGUCCGCAUCUACAGCUGUCGGUUCCCCUUCUGCGAACGAUGGGUGAGGAGUGCUGGGCUGCAGCUGCAGUAGGCAGCUUUCUGCCUUUUAGAGAAGUUCUUUUGAUGUUGACAAGACAAAAGGCAACAACUCUUAUUUCAGGUUUAAAAAAGCAAAAAACAUGCUACCUAGUUUUGAAUCCAGUACGCUUGCUCUUGAUCUCUUUCUCUGUGUCCUGUCACUUUUAUUUUAGGUUUCUGCAAAUACUUAACUUUUAUCCAGCUCAAGGAUGGCAAAUCUGUGAUGUGAGUGCCAGAAAUGACAAAUCCUUUUUCUUCUUUUUGUGUUUGAAACUUUUUGCAGAAUAAGAGCAGCUAAAGUGGAGCUUUAUCAUUUGAUAGCUUUUCGGUAUUCAUGCUUUCCCCUUAUUUAUUGUGGUUAAUGUUAAAGGUCAGGCAUUGUCAUGCAGCACAACACAGUUGUCACUUCAUUCCAAACACGAGUGUUAGGCAAUUUGAAAUAGUGAAGUGAAAAAAAAAAUAUUAGUAAGUCUUGACUGGUUUAGCAGAAAUUGGUAUUCCUGGAUGGUUUUAUUUUCCAUAUUGCAGUUCGCUAUUACUGCCUUUCUCAUUUAGGAAACUGGGCACUUAAGUCUCUGAAUCUCUAGACUGUAGUUUUACUGUACCCAGCUUUACAAAUUAGGGUCUGGAACUUGAGCUUUGUGUCUCCUUGUGUCAGUUUUAAAUGUUGAAGAAUGUAUCGUGCAUUGUAAUUAACAGAUAAAAAUUCAGCCCAUGGUGAUAAGAAUACUGUAACGGGGCAGGAAUUUCAACUCUUGAACUCCAGACUAGAAGCCGAGCCAAGACUAUCCUGUGUUCUCACCGCAGGUGAUUCCUCCUCUUUGUUUCUUCAUUAAUCAUUAUCUUUGUUUUGUUUACUUAAAUUGUAAGUUCUUUGUGGCAAGGGUUGUCUUUUGUAUGUGUGCGUGUGCGCAUGUGUGUGUACCCAGGACAACUAGGCCUGGAGCCCCAGUCUGUGGAAGCUGUAAUAAGCAAUCACCUUGUUAUUGUUUUCCUGGAUAUCAUAAUAAAGACUAUCAAAUUAAAA